AUGACCAUACUAAAUACUUAUGCAGUAGUCCUGUGUGAGUCCCAAACGGUACCCUGUUCACUACUGUUGAACAGGGCCCCUAGGACUCUGGACACAAGUAGUUCACUACUGUUGAACAGGGCCCCUAGGACUCUGGACACAAGUAAUUCCCUACUGUUGAACAGGGCCCCUAGGACUCUGGACACAAGUAAUUCCCUACUGUUGAACAAGGCCCCUAGGACUCUGGACACAAGUAGUUCCCUACUGUUGAACAGGGCCCCUAGGACUCUGGACACAAGUAGUUCCCUACUGUUGAACAGGGCCCCUAGGACUCUGGACACAAGUAGUUCACUAUGGUUGAACAGGGCCCCUAGGACUCUGGACACAAGUAGUUCACUACUGUUGAACAGGGCCCCUAGGACUCUGGACACAAGUAGUUCCCUACUGUUGAACAGGGCCCCUGGGCCUCUGGACACAAGUAGUUCACUACUGUUGAACAGGGCCCCUAGGACUCUGGACACAAGUAGUUCACUACUGUUGAACAGGGCCCCUAGGACUCUGGACACAAGUAGUUCACUACUGUUGAACAGGGCCCCUAGGACUCUGGACACAAGUAGUUCACUACUGUUGAACAGGGCCCCUAGGACUCUGGACACAAGUAAUUCCCUACUGUUGAACAGGGCCCCUAGGACUCUGGACACAAGUAAUUCCCUACUGUUGAACAAGGCCCCUAGGACUCUGGACACAAGUAGUUCCCUACUGUUGAACAGGGCCCCUAGGACUCUGGACACAAGUAGUUCCCUACUGUUGAACAGGGCCCCUAGGACUCUGGACACAAGUAGUUCACUAUGGUUGAACAGGGCCCCUAGGACUCUGGACACAAGUAGUUCACUACUGUUGAACAGGGCCCCUAGGACUCUGGACACAAGUAGUUCCCUACUGUUGAACAGGGCCCCUGGGCCUCUGGACACAAGUAGUUCACUACUGUUGAACAGGGCCCCUAGGACUCUGGACACAAGUAGUUCCCUACUGUUGAACAGGGCCCCUAGGACUCUGGACACAAGUAGUUCACUAUGGUUGAACAGGGCCCCUAGGACUCUGGACACAAGUAGUUCCCUACUGUUGAACAGGGCCCCUAGGACUCUGGACACAAGUAGUUCACUACUGUUGAACAGGGCCCCUAGGACUCUGGACACAAGUAGUUCACUACAAAGGGGCUAG